AUGAGCUCCAGAGUAAAAAAGACCAAUGACAAGAACCAACAGAUCCUCAAAGUGCUAUUGAAAGAGCCUGGUAACUCACACUGUGCUGAUUGUAAAACUGCAAGUCACCCUAGAUGGGCCAGCUGGAAUUUAGGGAUCUUUAUAUGUAUUCGUUGCUCAGGGAUCCAUAGAAGCAUGGGUACCCAUAUUUCUAGAGUGAAAUCUGUUGACUUGGAUACCUGGACCGAUGAACAGAUUCAAUCCAUUGUGAAAUGGGGGAAUGAGAAGGCUAACAAAUUCUGGGAAGCUAAAUUACCAAAUAACAAUCAUGUUCCUGAUGAUUCCAAGAUUGAAAAUUUCAUAAGAACAAAGUACGAUAUGAAGAAAUGG